AUGGACGCUAUCAUCGAACUGUCUGACGUCGACAAGGCGCUUGAUCUUUCGCGCAUUCGCUACCAGCUAAUCCGUCUAGAGGACACCAUCAUCUUCCAUUUGAUCGAGCGUGUUCAAUUCCCCCUCAAUAAGAACAUUUACAUCCCUGGCGCCGUCCCGCUCCCCGACACCGACCUCAGCUUGAUGGACUGGUACUUGUGGCAGCAGGAGCGUCUCCAGUCCCUCAUGCGUCGCUACGAGUCACCCGACGAAUACCCUUUCUUCCCCGACGCCGUGCAGAAGCCCAUCCUCGAGUCAAUCGACUACCCCCAGAUCCUCCACCCCAACAACGUCAACGUCAACGAUAAAAUCAAGGAGUUCUAUACGCAAAAAUUCCUUCCCAGCGUGUGCCCCGACUUUGGCCGUGAGGAUCGCGGUGUCAACAAGGAGAACUACGGUUCCUCUGCCACCUGCGACAUCGCCUGCCUGCAGGCCAUCUCCCGGCGCAUUCACUUUGGCAAAUUUGUUGCCGAAUCCAAGUUCCAGUCUGAGACGGAAAAGUUCACAAGGUACAUCCAGGCCGGUGAUCGCGAAGCCAUUGGAGAGGCUAUCACCAACCAGGCUGUUGAGAAGAAGGUGCUGGAGAGAUUGAAGCUUAAGGCGGAAACCUACGGUACCGACCCGUCAAUAGGCGCCUCCGAGGCGGAGAGCCAGCGCAAGAUUAACGUUGAGGCCGUCGUCGCUAUGUACGAGGAGUUCGUGAUUCCUCUUACCAAGGUGGUGGAGGUUGAGUACCUCAUGCAGAGACUGGAGCCGGCGCCCGCCCAAUAG